UCUUGAGAUGGAUUAGUCUUUUAUCAUAACCAUCUAUCUAUUCAUCUACAGAUAUCUAUGAUAAUCAAGUAAAUCGGGUACAAGUCGAACCGAACGCAUACACUCGGCAACCAUCCUUCCUUGCCUCCGGGAUAUUCUCGGUACCUACAUGGUACCUCGUACCUACCUAGCAGACACGUCAGAAGGGUCGACGCGCGGAAGGCUUGGAUCUGAUAUGUUUCCUGUAUGCUAUUAUCCGGUGGUACUGUGUUAUAUGAUAUUGAUGAUAUUGAGAAUAUUGAUAUUAUGUGAUAUUAGACGGAGGAUGAUGGAGUAUUCUGGAGGGACUAUUUUUAGAUGCGCGCCUUCGUUUGGGUUGGGAGGUUUGUUGGUACUGUUUGAUUUAUAUCAUUAUAUCAUUUAUUGUAUUGAUUCUUGUCAUCCUUGGAAAAAGGUCAGGAAGGAAACGAGAAAACUGAAUAAAAGAAAGAAACCGGCCUCCGAACAGGUAGACUGUCACGGCAUGUCCGAGGUGAACACGCAUCUCCUGAGGGACCCACGAAUCUGGGAGUACAGGGUAUGAUCCCUGUUGUAAUAUAGGAUAGCUCGGUGUUCUGUACGGAUCCGUACAGAUUACCAUGGAUAAUGGAAAGGGCCAGUCAAUGGAAUAGAAUACACAGCCAUGAUC